AUCGACCGUGUCGCGAUUUUUCCUUUGCGUUGACUGCUGCUUGCUUUCAAUUAUUCAUCGCAGUUCCGAAAUCAGAGCACAACAGCCCCAGAGCCAGUGGCGACGACGACGGCAGGCAAAUUAGGAAAAGUACUUUUCAAUUUGGGCGAGUAAUUCAAAUGAUCCGGGUGGAGGACUUCCGCCCGCUAUGGAAAAAUCGAACAGCUGUAGCGAGAGUAAAACUACGUCAGUGAGUCAAUCCAACAGCACAAAUUCGACGGCGGAAAAUAGCAGCCAGCACCAUCAGCAUCAUCAUCAACAACAACAUCGGCAUCCACCUGCGUCGCAGCAACAGCAACCCACCGCGACAUCCAGUGUCUCUUCGUCCACCGCCGCCGCCGCCGCCGCGAGUACGAAUUCCUCCGAUCUAAAGUACCUGCAUAAGAAGUUUAAGCGAAUCGCCAGUGCCACCUUAAGCAACGACGACAGUGGCAGUGAAUCGAAAAAGUCAGUUACGUCAGAAGCCAAGACGGUAGUGGCAAGUGCAAUUGGCGGUACAGGCGCCGUCGUUGUCGUCGCCGCGUGUUUGCCAAAUCUAACGACUCCGGCGGUGGUGAACUCCGUUGAGCCUUCCGCUCAACAACAGCAAGUAUGUGCCAAUAACAACAACAACAACAACAAUCAAAAGAAAGAAAGUGAUUUGGUCAGCUCGUACGAAUCGAGUGCGGUGCGUUUUCGACCAGAACACUCGCGGACUGUGAUCGAUGGGGAGAACUACGACAGUCGACUCCAAUUAACCUUUUCGAGUGGUAGCGAACGGCUACAACUACAACAGCAGCAACAACAACAACACAGUAACGGUGCUUCCUUGAAUAGCGCUAACCACAUUAGCGGCAGUAGUAGUUUUAUUAUCAGUAACAACCGUAUUCCUGUGAGGAAAGAAGAGAGUGAAGAUUCGAAACCAUACUAUCCCAGUGUAAAUAAUAACAGUGCUUUCAGUAAUAGUAUCUAUUUCAACGAGAACAACCAAUGUACAACCACCGGUGACGACGAUCUAUCACCAGAGUCGCUGGUGGCGCUUCAGGCCGAGUUGGAGAAUCUCAGCCGGGGCAAGGUUACCGUCGUGGGACAUUUGAACUUUAUUGAAGGGCCAGACCUUACCGUCCCGUCACCGUAUGAUCCUAGCUCCAACAACAAUAACAACAACAGUACUAGUGUUCACUCGCCACAUACUCCCACUGUGGUCAGUAGUAGUAGUAAUAGUAGUGCAGCAGCAGCAUCGGUAAGCAGCAGCAGUACCGUUCCGGGGCGGUAUGUGUGUCCGUACUGUCAGCUGAACUGUAACAAACCGUCGGUCCUGCAGAAGCACAUCCGGCGGCACACGAACGAGCGACCCUUCCGGUGCGAUCCCUGCGGCAUUGCAUUUAAGACCAAAAGUAACCUGUACAAACACUGUCGAUCCCGGGCGCACGCAUCCAAAAGCCAAGGCGACGACAUUGGACCCACCCUUGACGAGGACGGUUCCCUCGGAUCGGACAUCGAAGACAAGGAAUUGAGCAACAGUGGAUCGGACAUCAUCAACCGAGGCUCCCCAAUGGACGACCGCGUGCAUUCGCCCCAGCUACUGGUGGAGAAACCCUACAAACCGAAAUUUCACAACGCUGCCCUCUACACCAAGUUCGAUGGAAAACUAGCGUCGGGAAGGUAUACAUCCACGACGGUUGCCAACAACAGCCUCCACCUUCACCACCACCCGCAACACCAUAUCGGCAGUGGCAACGCAACGAUGACCAUCGUUAGCCAAUCUGCUCCUGCGGCGUCCCAUUAUUUGAACGGUCAGAAUGUGGAAUCGCUCGAGCAGCACAUUUCCAAGCUGAUCUCGGACAACGAAGCCAUCGUGGAGGUGGUGGAAUUACCACUGCAGAAAAAGUAUCACAAAAUUACCGGCAUCACGCGGGGGAUUUCGGUCAACAGUACAGCCCCAGCGGCGGGUCAAGAUUCGGCUAGCUCAAAACUGGCCAAUGCCUUGCUUCAGAAGAGGAACAGCGAAGAGCUGCAGCAACAGCAGUUGCUAAUGUUACAACAGCAGCAGCAGCAGCAGCAACAACAGCAGAUGCAGCUCCAGCCGUACCCACCGAGUGAACCGACCAAGCCAAAAGCGAUGGUCGCUCAGAUUCCUUUCGUGCAGAAUCACCACCCCGGUGCGGUAGUGAUGCAGCAACCGCAGCAGCAACAACUUCCUCAGCCACAGAUGAUAGUUCGUCCCGUCAGUGCCAAUGAACAGCAGCAAGAGCAGCUGCAGCAACCACUGCAACAAGUGCAAUAUUUGCAACCGUUAAACUUAAGUAAACCGGUUCCAAGUGAACCGGCGGCUGCCUCUGAAACUCAGGUAGCGACAGAACCUCCGCGAAAACGAUCACCUAGCGAGGCGGCACCGUUUAGUCGGGAACAGUCGCCUUCGUCGUCGUCGUCUUCGGUGCAGCAACCGGCCCCCAUCACCUUCCCGCAGCAGCAAGCUGGUCCACCCAGUCAGCCUGCGACACCAUCUCAACAGUCGGUCACCGUGACGGAUCACCCGCAGAACCCGGAACGCUCAAUCAUCAAGGAUCUGCUGUUGAACUCCCGUGGAUUCGGAGUGGUACAGAAUCCGGAAAACGAAAACAUCGAAAACCUGUUCACUUGCAAAUCGUGCAACACCAGCUUCCGGGAUGCGGAAAUUCUAAAAUAUCACACCAUCUGCUACUGUAGGGGAAACGGCGAUCCGGACAGUGCCCCGCAUAGUCCAGUGGGAUCGCCAUCGUCGCAUUUCAUGCGUUCCCGGUCGGCCAGCGAUCGGUUCAAUCCGACAAGCUUGAAAAACCUUGCCCGGGGGCUGUUGAAUCCUCCUUCGAGGAAUCCAUCGUCGCUCUCCAAGCUGGCAAAGUCUCAGCUGAGGUUGCCCCGAUCGAGGCCGGAGAAUAUCGCAUUACCAUCCAAAGAGAACUGCAGCAGUAGUUCACCAAGUAGCAGUACGGCGACUAGUUCGACGCCGGAAGUUCUGGUCACGCCAAUCCUUGCGAGGAUCGUCGAUGUAGUACAAAAUCCUCUGCCAUCGCCGGGACCCUUACUGGGCAACACCCGAUUGGUAGAUUUUCAGAGUAGUAAAAGUGAGAGUUACGGCGGCAAAGCCGCCUCGGAAUCGAACGUCGUUGUAUCCCAUGUGCCAAAUGAAGAGACAUCACUGCGGAGAAGGCCGAUGGACAGUCACCCCGCAGAACUACGACGAUUACAGCAUCCCAAUUAUCAGAUGUACGGUGGAGAAAUGGAGAUCCUGGAACGGCAUCAACACAUGCCUCCGCAUCGGUAUUCGUCCGGAGGGACCGUGACGAGGUUUUCGCCGGAUGUUGACAUCGAGAUGCAUGAUUCCGGCAUGGGAAUUCGGACCAGCAUGCAUUCUGGUGGAACGAUUCAUCAGCUACCAAAAACGAACCAAAGCAUGUCUCCCAUUCCGAUGAAUCCGGACACACCGAAACUGAUACUGACGAUAACCCCAACACCAACCCUGACGGCGCCAAACUUCUUCCCCAAUCAGCGGCAAGCGCCAUCCGAAGGCAAUAUCACUAGCAGCAGUGCUUCCAAUGCGCAACCUAUCACUCACUUUCAUUUCCCACCAAUUAAUCCAAUUACGGCCUACAACCCAUUGACUCUGCCGCAGGUGUCACCGGGUCAGGCGUCGCAAAUCAUGCACGGCGGUAAGUUGAUACCAUUUGUGCAGGGAAUUCCCGGUCCCAAUUCGAUGAUGACUCCGAACGAAACUCAGUCGCGAGGCCGUCCGCGAAUGGCUCCCAGCCCUAUCAGUAUCAAGACGCCACAACCCUCGCCUCAGUUUCUCCCGGUCUACAAGCCAAUGACCUCCUUCGAUCCGGACGAUGUCACCCGACACAAGAAACCGGUUUUGGCUGUGCCUCCCGUGAAAAAUGGAAUGUUCAAGGAAAUCUGGUCUCCUGCCAAGCAGGAAUACAAUCCGGUUCCGAAAAAGAGUUUCAACUUCACCAGAAUCGCCGAUAACAUCAGUCCUCGGAAGAAGGAGCUGGUGGAACCGGUGAAGAAGGAAGAGAUCCGAUAUUUCAAUUUUGAAAACCUCAUCUCGAAGUCGGAAAUCCUAAUUAAGUCGAACACUCCCGUCGAAAGCGUGAAACCGGAUCCGAUCGAAACAAAACCGCUGGAUGUGCAGCCACCUCCUCCGAUGGCGCUGAAACCGAAAUUCCUGAGACCAAACUCACUACCACUGAAACCGGGGACGUGGACUCCGAAACGGCACCACGGCAUCACGCCAACCCAGAACACGAUGCCGUUAAUCUCGCCGGAAACCCCACGGCCUUCCAAGUCCUGUCGGGAACUGUACUUCAACGGUCAUGCCUACACUAACAUCGGGCUUAAAUCCAGCACCAAACCCUUCUACUGCACCGUCAACAAAACCCAACCGUUUUAUGUCCAAACGCAGAAGCAACUCUCCAUGUACAGCAACUGGCAGGUCCAUCCGGAGAACGAUCCUCAUCCCCUUGGAUUCAAACCGAUCCAGGUUAUGGCCCUAUACGAUAGCAGUCAGCAACGGGACCACCGUUACUCGAUCGCUACCAAACCCCUCGCGUUGACAGUGUCCAGUUCGAGUCCGGCAAACCAAUCCAUUAUGAGCGCCGUUGAGGUCAAAACCAACUUUCCCAGCUAUCCAAUCACGCAGCUGUCCUCUCCGGCGCCGAAGCCCGGUGCAUUUUAUGUGUACCAGCCGGAAAAGUGUGCCGCCUCGAACGACAGCAUGCCACCGAGAAGCGAAUCCUCGGAACGAACCCUGUCCGGGGGAUUCGAGAGCAAUGAGGAGUACACGUACGUGCGGGGACGCGGCCGAGGAAAGUACGUUUGCAAGGAGUGCGGUAUCCGGUGCAAGAAGCCAUCGAUGCUGAAGAAACACAUCCGAACGCACACGGACGUUCGGCCGUACUCGUGCCAGCACUGUAGUUUUCACUUCAAAACGAAAGGAAACCUAACGAAGCACAUGAAAUCGAAGAGUCACUUCAAGAAGUGCACCGAGCUGGGACUGAAUCCCAUUCCGACCAGUGUGGAUGACGACGGGGCGGAUAUCGACAUCGAAAACGAUCAGCAGUCGAUCUCCAGCGAGCGGACGUCGACGAUUCCGGGUGACUCGGAUAGCGGUUCGGAGAGCGACGGGGAGGAGAGUGACGAUAGUGACGAAUCAAAGAGCCGUCUCCCAGAGCACGAAGCUGCCCACUGUCUGCUGUCACUGUCGAUGACACCCCCUACUGGAUCUCAGGUCUCCAAGAGCUACCCCAGUCCAGUGCCUUUCGGCGGCAGUCACCACCUGGAGCGCACCGGCAGACUUCCCUACGGACCGAACAUCUCCCCGGGUCUAGUGAUACCGUCGCAGCAGCAGCAGCAGCAACAAUCGCAGCUACCUCUCCCACAGCAGCUACCUCUCCCGCCACAACUCACCCAAAAGCAGCUGCUCCUGCAGACGGCUCAAGUGGACACAACCAGCCAACCCCCUCGGCGUGUCAUCUCGUUCGGAAACACCCCCAAAGUCGAGUUCAACCUCCUGAAGCAUGAACAGUACUACUCGGAUCCGAACAUUAGCCGGAAGAAGCGGGAGUACAAUCCCUCCUACGAUGAUGAUGACGGAGUCAUGCCCAUCGAUCUGACGAAGAAGGCCAGAGAACCUCCCCCACCGGAUGCAGCCCUCUAUCGAAUAUACCACCAAUUCCCCGGGCAGCAAUCGCCUAGUGGAGUGCCAAUUCAACCGCAGUCCGAGUACCCAUCUCCAAAUCGGUCACAGGUGAUCGUCCGGGUAUCGGACGUGGUCACUCCAAUCACCGGUGCUGCCAAUCUCCUAACGACACUAGUCUCCAACACGGACAAAAUCCCACUCACCAACGCCUUGAUCUCAAACGGCGGCAAGGAACUGGCCGACGACAAUGUCUUCUUCCAGGAGUACAUCAAACAACGAGCUCUUCGCGACAGCAAGAUGAAGCUGAGUCAAAUGAAGAGCAUCAACAACAAUCAGUAUGAAGCGGAGGAGCCCCGACCUCCGCCGCCCGUGGAAGUCAUCUCAAACAGUACCAAACCGGUAGAUUCAAUUCCAUCAAAACCUAUGCCGCCGAAAGUAAACGAUAAACCCUAUCGGAUAUUCAACGGCAAAAACGAGUUGCUGCCGAAGGCUGUGGUCGGUGAACCAGCCAAUCGAAUCGAAAUACUGCCAAUUGUGAGUGAACCAAUCGGGAUUCAGUUGGAUCCGGUUGGACCGAAGGAAGUUCUGGUUGCGGAAAGUCCCGUCGCUGCCGUUGCACUUCCUGCUGUUGCAGAACCACCAAAUACCUCACGAAUGGAAACUCUGGCAGAAGUGGCUGCCGGAAGUCUCAAACUGGAUGCCGCCGCCGGAACUUCAGCAGAUCCGAUGCGGUCCAGGAGUAACAGUUUGAAAUUGUCCGAACCGGUUGCUUUGAAGCAAUCAACGACGUCAACAGCACCCGUGGUAGCUUCCAGUAAGGAAAGUGCCAAAAGCGUUGCUUCCGAGUACCUGAAGCUGACCAAAUCGGUGACGAUGCGGAAGCGAGAGGAUAGCGAAAGUGGAACGGCUUCGGAUCAGGAAUCGCUGGUGGAGAACAAGAUGAUACCGACACCGAUCGUGGCGCCCAUUGUGCCACCGGUGCUCGUAGUUCCAUCGACGGCCAAUCCAGCGACCGGAGAACUGGGAGGAAUCAAAGCUCGGACGGUGGUCGUUGGAGAGGAUGGGUUUAAAACAAACCCUAGCAAUGAAUUCUCAUCGCUAAGCCCGUUUCAAGAGGACGGCGGUCGUCCGGUUUGCGAGGUGUGCCACAAAAAGUUCCACAAAAUAUCUCAACUGAAAAUCCACAUGAACAUUCACUACAUGGAGCGGAAGUUCCGGUGCGAACCAUGCGGAACCAGCUUCCGGUCGCAGGGUUUGUUCCAAAAGCACGAAAGAUCUGCCACCCAUCGGAAUAAAGUCUCGAUGACGACUACAUUCGGCAUAGCAACGGACUCGAAUCCGCGACCGUUCUACUGUAAAGAUUGUGACGUCGGUUUUCGGAUCCACGGUCACCUGGCGAAGCACCUGCGCUCGAAAAUGCACGUCCUGAAGCUGGAAUGCCUGGGUAAGCUUCCAUUCGGAACGUACACCGAAAUCGAACGGUCCGGAACGAAUCUGACGGAGAUCGAUACGACGGACUGUGCUAACUCGUUGUCCAGUUUGAAGCGGUUGGCCGUUCGGCUGAACGUUAAGGAUCCGGCGAACGUGCUUCCGGGGGGACCUGGAUCGGAUGCACCUCCGAGUGGGAACGAAACCGAUAGCUGUGAUGAAAAUCCGUACGAAAAUGACAACGAGUCCAACGGGGAGGGUGACAGUCCCGGUUCGAAUGGGCCGAAUCAUAGGGGAGCGGGAACGGAGGAAGACGAUGACGACGGUGAGGAUGGCGAGAUUAGUGGCGGCGAUCAAGCGCCCCAGGGGAACAAUAACAAUCUGAAACGAAAACCUGAUGACAGUGGUACAACGAUGACGAAUUGCGACGGUGGUGUUGAAAUCAAACGGGCGCGAUUUCAUGGACCGCCACCAGUGGUGAUGGAACUAAGAGGUCUACAGACACUGCAACAUCAGCAAGGAAGUGUGGUCACAACAUCGGGAAGUGCAACGGGGGAAACGUAGCGAAGGGCUUCGUAUCCCGUAGUUUAGAUAAUAAUUGUGAGUGCCAAUAAU